AUGACUUCUAAUGAGACGGAUAUUUAUGCAAAAAAUAUUAUUCUCUGCUAUCCACUUCAGCCAGAUUCUUGUCCCAAAGCGCAUCGUCUUACUGUAAUUAAAUUGACAAUGUACACUGUCAUGCUCCUCAUGAUCCUCACCACAGUUUUUGGGAAUCUGCUGGUCAUCAUCUCCAUCUCGCACUUCAAACAGCUGCAGUCUCCAACUCAUCUGAUCGUUCGCUCUCUGGCCUCCAGCGACUGUCUACUGGGCUCUUUGGUCAUGCCUUACAGCAUGGUGCGAUCUGUUGAAGGGUGCUGGUUUUUGGGAGAUGUUGUUUGUAAAGUACAUUCUAGUUUGGACAUGACUUUCUGUAUCUCUUCCAUACUGCAUCUUAGUUUAAUAUCUAUUGACAGGUACUGGGCCAUCUGUGACCCUUUAAGAUACAAAAUGAGGAUCACAAACUGCACUGUGACUGUAUUUAUUACCAUUACAUGGCUAUUUUCAUUUGCAUACAGCUUUUCGGUUGUGUUUUUAGGGGUAAAUGCAGUUGGUCUAGAGAUGCUUAUAGUGCAGGUUUCUUGUGUGGGAAACUGCGUUCUGUUUUUUAACAAACAGUGGGGUAUUAUUUGUCCACUUCUCACAUUCUUUCUUCCUGGAACAAUUAUGAGCUCUUUGUAUAUCAAGAUCUUUCAUGUUGCAAGAAAACAUGCAAAAGUGAUCUCAGACAGAAUGACUGUGGGGGCUACAAGCUCUACACACAGAGAGAGAAAAGCAGCUAAAACUCUGGCCCUUGUUAUGGGUGUAUUUUUGUUCUGCUGGCUGCCUUAUUUUAUUGUCACUGCAGUUGACCCUUUCCUCAAUUUUGUGACUCCAGGUGAUGUCUUUGAGGCUUUAGUUUGGUUUGCAUAUUUUAACUCAACUUGUAACCCUUUGAUUUAUGGUUUUUUCUAUCCUCGUUUUCAGAAUGCCUUUAAGAUUCUCAUAUCCACUUAUAUCUGUUGA